AUGGACAAAAUAUACACAAAAUCUAGUUUCAUUGUACUGAUAUUGACUGCGCUCAUAGUUUUUAUCAAAUCAGCACCAGCACCAUCAAUCAAUCAUGCUGAGAUUUAUCUUUCACAAUACGGAUAUCUUAGUCCGAAAGCCAGAAAUCCAACAUCAGGUGGAAAUCUUCUAUCGCAAGACUCGUGGGAGACUGCAAUAAGAGAGUUUCAAGGCUUUGCUGGUCUUAAUAUAACCGGUGAGCUUGAUGAUCAAACAAUCACAAUGAUGUCACUGCCAAGAUGCGGUGUGAGAGAUAAAGUCGGAUUUGGUUCUGAUUCACGAUCAAAGCGUUAUGCACUACAAGGUAGUCGGUGGAAAGUGAAAGCUUUAACUUAUAGAAUAUCCAAAUAUCCUAAACGUCUUAAUAAAGACGAUGUUGAUAAGGAAGUCGCAAAAGCAUUUUCUGUUUGGAGCGAAUAUACUGAUCUCACAUUUACUGCUAAGAAAUCAAAUCCAGUUCAUAUUGAUAUUAGAUUCGAGACAGGAGAGCAUGGAGACGGCGAUCCCUUCGAUGGUCAAGGAGGGACUUUAGCUCAUGCUUAUUUCCCAGUAUACGGAGGUGAUGCACAUUUUGAUGAUGCUGAACAAUGGACAAUCAAUAGUGGAAGAGGAACAAAUCUUUUCCAAGUAGCAGCUCACGAGUUUGGUCACAGUUUAGGGUUAAGUCACUCAGAUGUAAGAAGUGCACUUAUGGCACCUUUCUAUCGUGGAUAUGAUCCAGUUUUUAGAUUAGAUUCUGAUGAUAUUCAGGGUAUUCAAGCCUUGUAUGGAAAAAAAUCAGGGAGCAGUAGUGGAUCGGGUUCAGGCUCAGGUUCUGGUAGCAAGCCAGCUCCAGGUCCAUCAGCCAAAACGACAAAACCACCAUCAGUAUUACCAAAUGAUGAUGCUCUAUGUAGAAAUCCAAAGAUUGAUGCUAUUUUCAAUACGCCCGAUGGUGCUACUUAUGCCUUAAAAGAUGACAAGUAUUACCGAUUAACAGAGAAUGCAAUUGCUGACGGCUAUCCAAAAUUGAUCUCAGAAGGAUGGGCUGGUCUGCCAAGUAAUAUCGAUGCUGCAUUCACUUAUAAAAAUGGAAAAACAUACUUCUUUAAAGGAUCUAAAUAUUGGAGAUAUAAUGGACGAAAUUUGGAUGGAGAUUAUCCAAAAGAGAUCAGUGAAGGAUUUACUGGAAUACCUGAUAAUGUUGAUGCCGCUAUGGUCUGGGGUGGAAAUGGAAAGAUUUACUUCUACAAAGGCAGUAAAUUCUGGAGAUUUGAUCCACUUAAAAGACCGCCAGUUAAGGCAACAUAUCCAAAACCUGUCAGCAAUUGGGAAGGUAUUCCAGAUGGCAUUGAUGCUGCACUUCAAUAUACAAAUGGCUAUACGUACUUCUUUAAGGGUGAUAAAUACUACAGAUUUAAUGACAGAACAUUCGCAAUCGACCAAGCAGAUCCUCCAUUCCCUCGACCAACGGCGCACUGGUGGUUUGGAUGUAAGAACUCACCGUCACAGUUCUCAGGUAACAUUGAGCUUCCUAAAGAUGGAAGUGAUGAUGGUGAAGAUGCACUUUAUGACGCAGGUGAUGAUAGGAUACCACAUGACACAAAACUAGCCGAUAGUGGCGCUGCAACGACAAACGCACUUUUAAGUGUUCUCAUUCCCGCCAUAUCACUAUCAUUCUACAGGCUAUUGUGGCAUUAA